CUGGACAACCAACCUAGACCACAACUCGCACCUCAACACCACUGUCAUCCCAUCUAGAACAAAUCUAGCAUCUACAAUCACGCUUCGAAUUAAUAUAGCCCCUCCCAUUUCUUUACACAACCGUGAUUCGUCUGAUUGCCGCGCUCUGUUUUCGCAAGAAUCGUACACCAGCCUUCGGAAUCCGCUUGCUGUAAUCUCCGAGUCUACCCAGUUGCCUGUUGACCUAGAGGUAGCUACACUGAAGAGGCGCAUCAAGCCGUAAGCGACUCCAAGAAGCAAUCGAUCCCUACAUAGUUCUGGCUUAGAGGACCGGUCCGAACCAAUUGCUACCCGCCAGGAGUUCGUUGACAGUCAGGAUGGCCGCCAAUGACCGAGAGCCGGCAGCGUCUUUGCCUACAGCACCAGAAACCACCGCCGGGGAGGACGCUCCUCUGCUCGUUAAUAUUCACUUUGUGUCCCCAUCCGAAGGCGUCCCCGACGACCUUGACUUUCAAGGCCUUCCAGCUACAACGACGGUCGGGCAACUAAAGGACAAAAUCCGCCAUGUUCUUACGAUGCACCCGGCUCACGACGAGCAGCGCAUCAUCCACCAAGGCCGAUUGCUCGCCCGCGAGAGUGAUACCUUGCUAGAUGUCUUUGGUGAAGACAAGCUUCGCACAGGCGACCAACAGCCUCUUCAUCUCGUGGUCAGAACCUCCAGCCACCACGCGCCUGGCCCUACUUCCUCUUCUCAACCCGCACCGGUUUCAAGCCAAACUGUUCUCAGGGAGCAAAGGAUAACGCAGCAGGACGCUCCAUCACAGAACAAUUGGCGUGCUGACGUACAGCGGACGCAAGCCCGGAUUGACGCUUUGCGCAAUCUGGCUCCUUCAGCAGUGGCACCAGCUACAGAUGAACAGAUUCGAAACAUCUACGAACAUAUGACCGGAUCUGCGGCCGGGAUAUCAACCUCUGAUCCAACGAACGGAGCAGCUACAGUGCCUCACCCACAGCCCCCGCCGCAGGGAGAACGAGCCGAGGUGUAUAUUUUGUCCUCUCCCACUGGCCCCAGAGGUCUUCUGGUCAAGAACGGAUCGGAGCUGUACGCCACCCCAGGAACGUUCCAGAGUCAUCAUGCCUUCACCCUCCCGCAGCCACCCUUGUUAUACCCCGGAGUUGUUCAACCAGCCGCGCUCAACUAUCCUCCAUUACACACGGCACCGCCAGUCCAAAACCAGCCACAGAGACCACAAGGGCAACACCAACCGGUGCAGGUGAGGAUCAGGAUCGACCAUCGAGCUGUUGGACAUGGAAUAGGACAUCCAAACAAUGCCGUCGGGGCCGCCGCAUUGGUUGCUGCAGCGUGGCCUCAUAUAUGGCUGGUCAUUAGGUUGAUCUUCUUCAUAUGGUGGUUUACGUCUAACGACUCUUCUUGGACUCGAGUAUUUACCAUGGCGGCCCUGGCCGCUGGCGUCCUCGUCAUGAACGCGGGAUUCCUGAAUCGAUUUGCCCACCAAGCUCUUGGGCCAAUUAGACAACAUCUUGAUGGACUACUUCAUAUGGCUGGCCCGAAUCAGCAGCGACGCCAGCAUGUUCCGCAGCCUCAAGCACCCCCACCUGCGGGCGCGAAUGGUGAGCCUGGCGUGGGUCUUGUCGGAUUACACGAGCGCCGAGAUAUCGACAAUGCUGGGGCCGUCCAUUUGGUCAAUUUCUUCCGCCGUAUUGAAAGAGCUGGCCUCUUGUUUCUGGCCAGUAUCGCUCCUGGGGUGGCUGAGAGGCAUAUUGCACAGCUCGAAGCACAUGAGCGUGCUGAGCGUGAGCGGAGAGAAAGGGAAGAAGCUGCGGCAGCGGCAGAAGCAGCAGAAGCAGCAGCAGCAGCCGCCGCCGCCGCCGCCACUAACGAGCAAGGGAUCCAGCAGCAGGGAGAUCAAGCCGAGCAAUCGGCCAACAACGAUGCUGGCAGUCCUGCACACCAUCCGGAACAUGCGCCGGAGCGAGCAAAUCCUCUCCAGACUUGAUUGUUGUCGAGUGGUUGUAUUAUUAUGGUGAGCUGCACAAAUAUUGCUGAAUCUAAAUGUCGGCGGCGAUGUAUCUUGCGAACCUUUAGACUUAAUGAUCAUUUUGGGUCCUUCUUUGGACAAGAACGAGUGUAACUGGGGUGUCGCACGGUUAAUAGCCAUACGAUAUGGGAAGUUUAUAAAUGAACUAAGCCGGCAGGAUAUGAGUGUAGACGAUAGCUAUUCCACAAACCCGAUCUCUUUCGCAAUACACCAUUGGAAUUCGGGUUAGCAGUGCACUGUGAAACUUGUACACUCCCGUCUUCCGAUUCUGUGCCUACCAAGGACGAGCUAAGUAAUCUGCUGUCAAUACAUCACAUUAUGAAUUUCUUUGUUUUCCCUUUAGACCGAAAUCAAACCUUAACCUACUUCAGCCACAUUUUCACCGUAGACUCAAAGAUGAUGUUAUU